CAGAUGUCUCCCCAACAGGUGUCCUCUGUCUGCAGGACUGCUGAGUCUCCUUUAAAAGUUGUCCAAAGUUGUCCCAGGCUGCAAUUUGGGGUUUAAAAAAAACUACAUCUCCCAGCGUCCCCCAGUGACACACAACAACAGGCGAGAGGGAGGCAGCAGCCGGCAGAGAAGGAGACAGACAGACUGCGUAAAGACAAGGACAGAGUGACACGGGCAGAGUUUUUCCUCCAUCCAUGGGGGGUUCACACCGCGCGGAGGAGGACAAGUGACGGACAGAAAGCCGCGCAACAUGCCGAAGAACCAGGAAGUGGAGCGCAUCGCCAAAAAGCUGGAUAAAAUGGUGCACAAGAAAAACACGGACGGAGCUCUGGACCUGCUGCGGGAACUCAAGAACAUCAAGAUGUCUCUGGAAACCCUGCAGUCGACCAGAGUCGGGAUGUCGGUGAACGCGGUGAGGAAACACAGCUCAGAUGAAGAAGUUCAGACUCUGGCCAAAGCUCUCAUCAAGUCCUGGAAGAAACUGCUGGACGGUUCAGAGGGGAAGUCGGAGGAGAAGAAGAAGGAGGCCUCUCCGGUGAGGUCAUCGUCCACCUCCAAGGACUCGGGCAGCAGCGAGAAAAGUAAGAAGUCCGACGCCCCCACCACGCCCACCACGCCCACCUCCCUCACCACCGCGACCCUCCCCCCUCGGGUCACUUCCUUCCCCCCCCCCGUCACCACCGACAGCGUGCGGAACAAGUGCCGAGAGCUGCUGGUAGCCGCGCUGCAGACUGAUGACGACCACAAAAGCAUCGGAGUCGACUGUGAGCACCUCGCGGCACAAAUUGAAAGAGAGAUCUUCCAGGAGUUUAAGUCGACGGAUAUAAAAUAUAAAACUCGUCUACGAAGCCGAAUCUCCAACCUCAAGGACCAGAAGAAUCCUGAACUGCGCCGCAACGUCCUCUGUGGAAACAUCUCUGCUCAACGCAUCGCCUCCAUGACCGCUGAGGAGAUGGCGAGUGCAGAGCUGAAGCAGAUGAGAGAGGCUCUGACUAAAGAGUCCAUCAGAGAGCAUCAGCUGUCGAAGGUCGGAGGAACCGAGACGGACAUGUUCAUCUGCAACAAGUGUCACGGAAAGAGCUGCUCGUACACACAGGUGCAGAUCCGCAGUGCCGAUGAGCCCAUGACCACCUUCGUGGUGUGUAACAGCUGCGGCCACCGAUGGAAGGUAAAAAAAUAAAUAAAUGUUUUUAUA